GACGCUACUUCCGUUCAAAAAAUAAUCAACAAAACCAACGGACGUUUGUGCUUUCGAUCUUUUUUAUUUUUUUGUGAAAAACGGUGAAAAUGUGUAUCGGAGUGUGAACAGUUUAUUAGGUUUUGAUAAUAAGCUAUUUGAAGCAUUUUGAGGCAUAGUAUAAGAUAGAUACGUGUUUUUCCAUUGAAAAUGAAGGAUCCUUUCGCGAAAGAUUGUAUCGAUUCUCCUACAAGGGAGAGUUUGAAGAAUGUUGAAGGCUGUUACAAUAAAAAUUUGUUUAAGAACACAUCGUUCGCUAACUCACGUCGUGCCUUGCAGUCCGGCGCGGACAAAAUCUCUAGAACGUUUCGGAGCGUCAGAAAUACAUUCGGCAAUUUGUCGCAGCAUUUCAGACUUGGUGGCAGGCGUCGACACCGUUUGACAGAGACUGGGUCUCCGUGCAGAACACCUACUACUCCAGUCAUGAAGAAGAAACAGAUAUUAGGCAGGACUCCCACCAAGUUGUACAGCCCGUUCGGGAUCGAGACGCCGCACAGCCGCGACUUCAGAAUGUCGCCGUAUAUGCCUGAUACACCGGAUCACGGAUUGUCGCCCAAACGUCGCAAAGGCGUCGCGCAUUCAUGGCACUUGUUAGCCAAGAAAAGACCGCGGGCUCUUUUCCAUUGAUAAUUUUUUUUUUAAAUAAUAGCAAUACGCACAAUCUGUAUCCCACCGCUUAAUGUAAGACUGGCUUUGUGAGUAUGUCAGCUUUAUUUAUACCAAAGUGAACAGGCCUGAACAUAAACGUUCAAGUAAUAUAUUUAGUAUUAAUUAUGUUGACACAGUUUUGAAAUGGUAUAGGUAUUGGCCACCACUUCAUGUCCAAUGGUAUGUGUAUUUCCUAAGCAAUAAUUAGAAAAUUUUAAAAGGCAAAUGUAACUAACAGCUGUUUUCAAUAAACUAUCCCGAUCUCAAUCUUCAAACCGAUUCCGAGAAUAAACCAUUUAAAAUAGUUCAUUUGGAAGCACGUCAAAAACAACUUUAAUGGUCCAUUUUUGAGAUAGAUCGAGGAAAGCGAUUCGGAUCGUGUAUUCUUACACGGCUGUUAAUGCCACCUCUGUGGAACCAAGUUAUAUUAAAAACAUUUUUUCUGCAACUAACCACCAUUUCAAUAAACGAAUCGCCUUUUCCGAUAUAUCGAGAAAAUAGACCAAUCAGGUCAAAGAUUUUUCUGACAAUUACAAAUGAAAUAGUUUGAUUGGUUCAUUCUCAGAAUGAGAUUGAAAAUUAGGUUUGGGAUUGUUUAUUGGAAACGAUUAAAGCAUGGAUGUUUGAAAAUGAUGGAAAUGUCUUAAAGCGAAUGAGUAAGCGAAUGCAUUGCACUGAAGUAUUUUUUAUAUAAAAAAUAUUAAUGUAAGCAAUAUUCGUGUCGGCGGGUGUGCCGCGCUGGUCGCGGUUUCAUUCCGUUCUCAAUGUCGGAAGGAAGAGAUUUAGAUUGCAUACUUGAAUGUUGCCAGACGAUAAAUCGUGAUGAUGCCACAAAUAUAAUAUCAAGUCCCUAAUUACAUAUCUGUCAAAGGGAAUACUUCUUCUCAGGCUGGUUAAAGUCACCAAAAUAAAGCAAGGUAAUAUUAUAGAAAAAAAUAAUGGUGGGGAAUUUAUUUCCUUAUUAGAGUUGUCCUGAUCAUGAUCCUUGAGGCUGUUUGUUUUUACAACCUUCGCCUUUUUCUUUUUAUUAAAAUCGUAUUGUUAAUCGUUUCAGCCAAAACUGUGUCUAUAACAAUAAUUGCCAAUUGUUAUUGAUAUAAAUAAUGCUGAUUGCCUGUAUUGUGUUGUGUGAAAGGUCUUUGCAUUCGAUACAUCCGUUUUCUUGUAUUAUAUCAGACAGUAAAUAUUGCGGGAAUUUGAUCAAAAUUCGUGUUUUACACUUGUAAAAUGACUACAUUACCCUACGGAUAGUAAGGAUAAAGGCGCUUUCACACACGCAGUUGAAUGUUAGAUAUUCGAAUGGUGCUAUCUUGUAUCUUAUUAUUUGCUGCGAGGUAACGACAUUUUGAUGAUAAUCUAGACUUAAACAAUUGUACCGUCGUUCCUAUUUCACGAGGUUUUAUUUAUUUGUAAUCGGUUGAAUGUAUGUGAAUUAUUCUGGUUUAUAUGUACUGUUUUUCGCGAGCGUCAUAACGACAAAUUCAUAUUGAAAUAUAGCUAGACGUGUAAUGACGUCCAAACCGCGUUUCCACGGUAGACAUAUCUGAAGUGCGUAGAAGUUUGUUUUUCUACGUCAGUACGUCGGUAAGAUACGACACGCUCGGUACGGUCAAUUUUACACGCGCGUACGUUAUGUUUCUAAUGAGUGCGCAUGCGUUUCACCAACAAACAGCGUGAAUACAUCUAACAAGUCUAAUCUCUAAUCUACUAAUCCAUGGACAAUGCUUGUCCAUAGAUAUGCAUGCCCGAUUCGAAUGUGCGAAAGAUUCUAUUUCAACGAUAAGAAAAUUACACAUGUCCUGGCAUAUUUCAUAAGACGUCUAUAUACGUAUAUUACAAAUGGGAAACGCUCGGUUCUACUGCGUCUGAGUUCGUAUUAAUGCGAAUAAUAUUAUACUUUAUCGUAAACCACGCUAGAACAUACACUAAUAUUAACCUGAAGUCUACACGUUUUCUACAAAAUCUUUUAAUGAAUCAAAUUGCAUAUCCAGUAUUAUAAAUGCCAAAUUGUAUUGCUUCUAAUUCACGUCUUUUUAUAUGUAUUAGAUAAUUUUAUUAACAUAAGUAGGUUUUAUACUAUACGAUGUAAAGAUGAACAGUAUGUUGAUUGCAUUAAGGGUCAUUGAAAGCUGCCUAUUGAUUAGGCACAGAAACGGUUAUAUUGAUUUGAAAGUCAUCUUUGACAAUUGUGCCAUGGUAAAUGUUUAUCCUGGUAUGCAGUGGCUUGGCUGUGCUCCUAGCAUUGCCAACGUCCAUGGACGACGGUGACCACUUACCAUCAGGCUGGUCGUAUGCCUUCAGAGCCUAUAAAUAAAUUAUAUACAAAGUAUUUAUAUUAAACACAAGAGAAAGGGUGGGAAGCAUGUUCUAUGACCUUGUCUUCCCACCCCAAACAAUAAUAAGUGAAGGAUUUCUGAAAAUGUUAUCUUAGUUAAAUUUCGAAUAAGUUUAGUGAACGUUAUAAUGCAUCAUGAAUUUUUGUUCGUUUGACACGACUCUGCGAGGGAAACGUGUAUAUGCGUCUCUAUUUUUAUUAGUAACUAAAUCCAAACUUCAUAUCGCAUUCCAACAGCUCUUUUACAAUCUAGAGCUUUGAUAUAAACUACUUUAUAAAUAUAUUAUCAGUUAUACAUCGUCGUAAAACCAAACGGCAUCGAUGCACUACUCUCAUUUAAAAGGCUGCGUUGCUGAGGACAUGAUUUUAAAUGGUGUGUUUUAGUAAAAGGUUUCUUAGACGGAUUCACGUACCCGAGAGAGUAAAUUGGAGGGAACACGAGAUCCAAUUUUUAUAAUGUUACAUUUGGUAUAUAAACUAAAUAUUUUUUUCAAAUUAAAAUAUAGCAAUACGGAGUAACGGAAAAAAAUACAUUUAAGUUUGAGUUGGACUGUUCAAGUUUUUUAAAAUACCAGAAACGUCAGGAAUGCCAAGUAAAUACGUCUGGUGUGGAGUCAGUUAUCUGUCACAGGACCUAUCCCUUGCAUCGGCAGGCUGUGACAUGCAAUGAAACCGGUUAAUACGAUAUUGAAGGGAACACUUAGUCCGAUCGCUAUGUCCGAUAGUAGCUGAGAACAAGCUCUUAAGUGUUCGCUUAAAGGGUAAACUAGGUUUGUGCAUUCUCCUUGCUUAGUUAAUAAUAAAAUAAAUCCUUGCGUCAUUGUGGUUUAUUACAUUACAAUAAGGAUUAAAAUAAUUUGGCUUAGUGAUAAAAUACGACCAGUGGGUGCUAUCUAUAUAUAUAAAAAUAAAUCCUUAUUUCUCUUGGUCACGCCAUCAGGCGUGAACGGCUGGACCGAUUUCACAAUUUUUUUUUUGUUGUGUUUGUUAUUGUCAGGUUCUUAUGAAAGAAAAAAAUCAAAAAAUUGCGCGGAAAAUUAGAAAAUUUAACAAAAAUAUUAAUUUUAUAUAACUGUCAAUUGUUUGAAAUAACUGUCAGCGAUUGACAGAAUGCGCGCUGUAAAUUCAUAGUUAAGACGGGACAACGUCUGUCGGGUUAACUAGUAACCGAUAAAUUUCGAUGAUAUUCGCUUUAACAGUCUCGUUAUAGGGGAUAUGUUAAAAUAGGUGUUUCGGUUUUCGGUCGGUUAGUUAGUUUCGGACGGCACCUCGCCAUUUCUUCGUUAUAACCGGUACGUCGUUGUAACCGAUGAUAUUCGAUUUCAACUGUAUAUCGAUAUAUGCUGUACUGUUCAUCUUUACACCAAUUACUUACGCUUUGCUCUGGACAAUACAAUAUAGACUACCUACGGUAUUUUUGUGUGAAAGUAUUAGUAUUUAUUUGAUUUGUAUUUUUUUAAUAUUAAGGAGACAAUAUUGUGACCCUUAGAGGCUGUAAGUGGAAUCAUUUUCUGAAGAAUUGCAAAUGGCUCUAUUUCACGGCCAAAUUAAUAAUAAUAAACCCAAUCAAUAUCAGAUCGAUUAAAAAAUAAACCAUCCGUAAUAACUCAUGAAAUGUAAUAAUAAUGUCGAUAAAAAUUUGUUCUGAUUUCGAUUUUCGUAUUGGGUAUGGAACUGAUUGGCCGUACGUGUAAUGGCAAAAGUCUAUUUAAAAAAUAAGCAUGAUAUCUACAAUGAGUUUUAAAAGACAUGUCUUUGAAUAUAAAAAACAUGUGUGUACGGCGCUUUCAAAGGCGUGCGCAAUUAUGGCGGAGCAAGGCACAGAUAAUUGGUUACUGUUAAACUAUUAUCGACAUUGUCUUUUUUGAAAUAAUAUUCAAAAUAAAUUAAUACAACAAUGUAAUGCAAUUUAUUUUUGUGUUAAUGGGUUUUGAAUAUUAUUACAAUGAAAUAGUGUCGAUAACAGUUUGAUAGUAAAAAAAAUCUCUGCGCUGCACUCCGUCAUAUAUGCGCCGACCCUUACAGAAUACUUAAAUUUUUUAUAUUCUUUUUUUUAUUUUCUGAUUAACGAAACGCUCAACAUAGAUAAGUUAUAGAGCCUAUAAGGGAUUGCAAUUCAAUGAUCUAUGGACAUUUAUGUACGAUUAAUUUUAAAUUAUUACUUAUAAUUUAGUUUAUAUUUUGCCUUAAUUUUUUUCUAUAUUUGGAUGUUCGGAUUUUAAUGUCUGUAUUUCUUUUUAAUCUUAAAGUGUUCUUUUCACUAUUUUCCUCACGAACUUGCACGUUACAGUAUUAUAAAAUAUAUUUUGAUUAAUUUGUACGCAUUCUAAAACCAAUGGACCGAUACUUGAAAUUAAAAGUAAUUUUACUUAUUAUCGUUGGUGCCUUGGUCGGCUACAACCAGUGUAACCACACGUUUUAUGUGCACACGUAUAUGGUUGCAAUUUGAAUGACGCGAUUGUCAAAAAUAGCGGAAGCGCGACCAAGAAUGGGUGUUUAGGAUGGCGUUCCAUUUAUGUAUGGAUAGCCGGAGUCAUAGAUCAAGCGAAUUGCUUGAUAAAUUUUUACCUUAUAUCUGAUGAAUGCAAAAUUGAAGACAUAAUUUCAAUAAAAAACGACCAAAAAUGUAUUUUAUAAUUAUUUUUUUCUUUCUAUUAUAAUAAACCAUUGGUCUUGGAACACUGCGUAAUAUAAUUAUUUAAUUUACUUUGUGCUCAAAAAGUACUUAUUGUAUUAUGUACCUGCAUUAUAAGGCUAUGUGCUAUUAUAAUAACUUUUUUCUA